CAUAAAUUAUUUUCAAAGAAGAGUUGAGUUUUAGAAAUUAGUAUUGCUUAAUGCUAAUUAUAUUAACAGGUUUCACGUGAAUUUGAUAAAAUUAUUUUUAUCAUGAAACUGCAAAAAAAACUUUUAUUAAAAAAUGUAAAUCCAAUACAUUGAGAUGUGAGGUCGGACCUCCAGUCACUUACUACUAGUAACGAUCAAAUUCAGACCGAGUCUGGUAGAGAACAAGUUAAAAGAGAAAAAUAGUCUACCCUCUAAAAUAAAGAUUCGUUAAGAGACAUAUAAUUUACGCUCUUUUUUGCUAUACAUUUUUUUUUCACUGUAUUAUCACUUUGCCGUUAUCUAUAACUAAUGAGUAACUAAUAUAAUAGUAGCUUUAAGCGUGAUUUAUUGAAUACUUGGAGAGAUUAAAUCUUCCAGGACCAAUCAGAGUGUUGAACGUGCGCAUGCGCAGUAGAUCCCGUACAUCUGUCUUACAACAGAAGCUAAUGGAAAGAGAUGAUCGUCUGUUUUAAAGGUCCUGCAAUUCAAAUAUCUUCUCCGUGUUUUGACACGCUGACUUGCUAGCUUCAUCCCUUGACUCCAGAUGGAGGUUCGUGAAGAGACCGUGGCGCCCGGAGGACGGGUGUUGAUGGACGCCAUGCAGGCUGAACUGGAGCAGCUGUCUAGCUGGGAGCUUGAGCAUCGACUGGAGCGUGCAGUGGAAGAGAUGAUAGAGGCUGACCUGGUGGCCCGGGUCCAGGAGCAGACGACCUCUCAACAGGAGGAUUCAGCGCCACCAGAUGAGGCGGAACAAGCCGACCCUCAGCGGUCCGAGUCCAGGACAGCCGUGCAGCGGGCACGCGCUCCGGAAGCCACGGGGACAAAUCGUAUUGUACAGUAUGUGAUACAUUUUUUGCAAAGCGGCAACACAAGCAAGAAGCGAUUGAGUGGAAGAGCUCGACUGUCCUCGUCUCACACUGUCCUCCUGUCCCUCACUCUCCUGUCCAAACGCAUCAGCUUUUGCAGCGUAUCCUCUAGUUUCCAAAUGAAAAAGGGAAAUAUUUACAGGAUCUUCUUCUCUUUCUGUGAUCAAGUGACCGCACAAAAGGAUCGGGUCAUUCAGUGGCCGACAGGACAGGAAGCACUGCAACAUCUGCUUCCCUUCUGCAGCUGUAAUGAAGGUCCGGAAGAGAGAGGUCUCCCUCGAGUGCUCGGCGUGCUGGGUGACACACGCAUCCCCAUCCGCUUGCGUGUUGCCAAACCAUACAGCGAGAGUGACACUCCAGAAGCCAUGAGACCAAAGAACAAACCACAUCCAGAUUCCUGGCUGAACUUGGAACUGGUCUGCAAUGACAAAGGCCGCUUCAUCUACUGUCACAUCAGUAAAGGAUCGGAAAAAGACAGAGGACGUGCGUUAGCCGAAAGGAUUCGCCAAAACCCUGAGAUGGUGCCUCCAGGAACCUGCCUCAUAGCCGGAGUGGGAUACCCGCUCACAGAACAAAUACUUACUCCAUUCCCACCAGGUCAAAACCCGCAGGAAAACCUCUACAACAGAUCGCUGGGGAACCAUUUAGGCCGAAUCAACCAGGCUGUGGCGGACUUAAAAGAGCGGUUCAAGAAAUUGAGAUAUUUGGAUAUGGGAAACUACGACAAGGCGAAAUCAGUGGUUCUGACUGCUUGUAUAUUACACAAUGUUUAUCUGGACAUGGGGGACAUGACAAAGGGACUGGUAGAGAGAAGCACACCAGAAAACAUGGAGGAGGUAAACAAAGAUGCUGCUGGGGUGAAAAUGAGGGAGACUGUGGUGAAUCUGCUUCACAGGACAUUGGAGGCUGCACCACAAUAAGAUUUUGAACCAUCAAAGUUUUGGUGGAAUGGACCAUAGUUUCACUGAAAAUACUUUAAUUUGUGUAUUCAACAUCAACAAAAGUCUUGUGGAUUUGGAAAGACAUUUAAAUGAUGAAAGGAUUCUCAUUUUGGAUGUACUAUCACUUUAAAACUCUGAGAUUAUGUGUGUAAUUAAUGGAUAUUUGAUUAUAUUAUAUGACAUUUUGUAUGAUUUUGGUUUAAAAACAAAAAUAUAAUGUACAAUUGUUCCUUUUCAUUUUACAUGAAUGCAACAAUUGAAGUUUUUAAAAUAUUUUUACUUUUUUUUGUUAUUUUGGUACUGCAACUUAAACUAAACCAAAGUGGAAAUGUAUAUUUGAGAAGCUUUUGUUUGUUUUAUUUGGCGGUAUGAAGGAAACUUUAACUGAGGAAAAAAAAUAAAAUAAGUGACAAACAUUUUCUAUGAUUUUUAUUAAAACACAAAAAUACUAUGUACAA